AUGACAUUCAAGCUUGAGAGUAGAAUUGAGGAGUUAGAGAAGGGUAGGAGAGAUACUGAUGCUGAAAAUAUUAAGCGUGAUAUUGAGAUUUAUGAGCUUAAAGCUAAAAUAGCAAAAUUAAGAUGCAAGGGGCUCAGCAUUGGCUUUAUAGUACUAGAUGGUAUAAGGAUGUUAAAAAACUCAAAAACAUCACUAAUUAUGAUCGGCAAAAAUGAUGUAUAUGUCAAGAUAAUGGAAUUUUCCUUCUUGAAGUAUGGUAUGAUGAAAAACUGGAAAUCGUUAUUCCUAAAAGGAUACAAAAAAUUAAGGAGUUUGUUGAUCAAACAUCCAAAAGAAUCUCAAAUUCCUCAGUCUUUAUUUCCUCAGUUUACGAAACAACAAUUAGCAAGAGCAAGUAAAAGUAUUAAGUCUUCCGUAAAUUGGACAGAAUACAACAAAUGGGUUAAGGCUGGAAAACCAUUCGUAGAACAUGAUGAAUUAAUGUUUAUAGAUCAGAAACGCAAAAAUGGAUCUUACAGAAAACCAACUGAAAUUGAACUAUAUAACGUUGAAAGAAAAGAAAAACAAGAAACUGGAAAUAGUUUUCAAAAGAGUGCCAGAAAGAAAAUUGGAAAUGCCGGGAAAAAAAGCAAUAAAAACUCUUUCAUAGAAAGAACCCAAACCACCACUUGUGAAAACAGUGAAUAUCAUAGUGAAGCAUCUAAAUCCAAUCAAAUUUCUGACACUAUUAAACUAUACAAAUCAAAUGCUUCAAAACCUGCAGAGAGACAAGAUUUUUGA